GUGUGCGCAUGCGCCUUUUGUUGAUUACAAGCGAGUUGUUUAAUCGUGUUAUUACAGAAUUAUUAUUAGUUUUUUGAAUAAAAAAUGGAUGAAAAUUAAUUAGUAUCGACUACGGUUAUAUCUAGGAUUGUUGUGACAGGAUGCGGCGUAAAAGCGCUCGUAACGCCCAAAAAGCGUCUCCAGAGAAAGCAGUGAAAGAAACGGAAACUCCCCCGAAGACUCGUCGAUCGAGGCGUCGCAAAAGAUCGCCAUCGAAAUCGAGCGAAUCUGAGGAUGAAGUUCUAACAAUAACAAAGCGUGCCCCAAUUGAAGCAACCCCGGAUACUACAACUAAGAGUCAUACUCCGAGUGACGAAGAGACUUGUGAUGAACCGGUGUGGAAGGUCACGUCUUCUGAGGACACUCCCAAAGGGGAGAUUCAAAAAUUAAAGAUUUGUCUGACAAGGCCUUCUCCGGAUUCACCUGAUAAAAGCAAGACGCGUCGUAGUAAGUCUAAUAGUCAAACUGAAGACGACGCUACGAGUUCUGAAGAUAAAUCGUCAACGAGACGAACUCGUUCAAGGGGAUCUCCACUUGUUAGAAACGACGGUUUGUCUAGUCAAGACGGUGAUGAAGAAGUGGAAGAGAAGAAAGGUAAAGGUAAGUCUAAAGGUAAACAUAAGUCAAAAAUAGAAAAGUCACCGCACUUAAGCGAGCCUGAAAUACAACCGAACAAUGAAAUUUCUGAAAAUGUACAGGUGACACCUCAGUCACCCUCUAUCGAUAAGCGAGUUGAUAAUGAGAAUGACUCUAAGGUCGAUGUCGACGAUAAAAAUAUUAAUGAGAGUGUCCAAAGGCAAGAAAAUGUCAACGACGUUGAUAAAGAACAAGUUGGUAAUAAAACCGUGGCUGAGUCACAAAAUGAUGAAUCUGAUGAUGAGCCUCUCAGCAUUAUUAAAAAAAAUGUAUCAGUUGACAAACUUGUUAAUGAAAAUACACACUUGAGUCCUGAACCAGAAAAAACAAAUGAAACACCUACUCAAAACGAACCUUCUGAAUAUCAAGACUCUGAUCACGUUACAAAUAAACAUGAAGUACAAACCGUAAUUGACGAGAAACAAGAAGAUGAUCAGGUCGAAGAACAAAUUCCAGAAGUCGAAACAGAAAAAAUUGAAGUUGAAGAAAAAACAUCUGAAAGUGUCAUAACUGACGAAGAACCUUUAAAAGAAACAGAAGUAGAAAAAGUAGAAGACAUAUCAGCUACAUUAAAUGAAACACAAGAUGUUGAAAUGGCAAGUUUAGAAGAAAAGUCAGAGGAAACAAAUGCAAUAAGUGAAGAUACAACUGAAACAGAAGAACCUCAAGCUUCUAAAAGUAUUGUUGAACAAGAAAAUAUUGAACUUAAUCAGGAAACCUCUCCUCAAAAGACACCAGAAGUACCUGUUGAAAGCACUCAGGUUUCAAAAGAAUCCGCACAUAUUGAGAAGAGUCAGCGGGAUAAUGUUGAAAGCACUCAAGUUUCACAAGAAUCUACACAUAUUGAAAAGAGUCAGCCGGAUAAUGAGGAUCGACAUCGGAGUCCACGCCGUAGACUCCAACGCAGUAACGACUACCUGAAAAGCGACUCCAAAGAGCAAGAGGAGUCCAUUAAGAGCGGCCCCAUUAGACCUUUCAAAACCAAACGUACUUGGGAGGGCAGCUUAAACUCGACCUCUUCUUUGCUUAAAGUCGAUCUUGACAGCAUACAAGUUGUAUGUCCAACUAUCGAGUUUCCCGAAGAACCCGAUCUCAAUUUGGAGGUUGAAAAAGAACGGCGGAGAUCUGUAACUGAGUCAUCAGGCAAAAAACUGGAACGCAAAGUAUCCGUCGAGUACAAGUCGGACACUUCUGAAAGACCGUCGUUUGAAAAACAGAAUUCUGUGAAUUCUUCUACUCAAGAUGGUGAAGAUAAUUCGAAUAUCAUCGCGUUCAAUAGGAAAAUUAGUAUCGUUGAUGACACUGCGAGUAAACUGAAACCGCCACCAAGUCCGGCAAAAAAUCCCGUUUCGAAUAUUCUCUACAUUACGAAUCUUGUCAGGCCUUUUACUGUUAAACAGUUGAAGGAGUUGUUGGAAAGGACCGGGAAAGUGCAAGAGGAUGGGUUCUGGACUGACAGGAUUAAAUCGAAAUGUUAUGUCCAAUACGAGACCCAAGAGGAAGCUGAAGCAACGAGAAACGCCUUACAUGGAGUUCAAUGGCCAAUAGGAAACGGCAAAAAAUUAAUCAUCGACUUUGCAACGGCUGAAGACAUGGAAAAUGCGAAGAACCCACCGGCACCACCUCCAGUUGCUGUUCCAGAUACGAAAGUUUCAACAAAAGAAAAUUUGGAACCAGUGGAGAGUAAACAAGAAAAAGCCCCCAAGGAAGUGGAGAAGAAGAAACCAGAAGGACCGGUUAGAGAAUGGGACAUCGGGAAAAGGGACGUGCGUAGAGACCGAUCAAGGAGUAGAGAAAGAGGUCGCAAACAUCGGCGUUCACCAAGUCCAUCAGAUGAUUUUAUCACCAGGAAACAGAGGAAAGCUGAAGACUCCGUCCCCCAAAAGUUGAUGGAUGAUCUCUUCUUGAAAACGAAAGCCACUCCCAGCAUCUAUUGGCAGCCUUUGUCACCUGAAGAGAUAUCCAUGAAACAGCAGCAGCGACUCAUCCGCAUGGAGGAACAUAAAAGACGUAUGGAAGAGAAUUCGCGUAUGAAAGGGAGAGAAAUGGGGAGGGGCGCGUUUCGACGUAGAUACGAUUAAUCAGGAAAGAAAGUCUAAAGUUAAUUUUGUUGUGUGUGUGUGAUGUGUGAUAGUUGUGUGCGUGUAAGUUUUGUAGUAAAAAUAUUUGAUUUUAAAUCCCUAUCCUAUUUUUUUAAUUUUGUUUGAGUGAGAGUGGAUAAAUGGGGCGAUAAUCCUAUUUUUUGUAGGAUUUUCAGUAUAGGUUUCACACUUGACAGUUUCGUUCAACGAGGGACUUUGAGAGAAGCAUUAAUUUACACGUUAGUGGAAAUAGUAGCGUUUCACACAAACUAAUUGCUGUUAAAAAAAGUAUUGUAUUAUUUCGUGAAUGUUUUCCGAUGAAAAAAUGAGUUGCUGUAAAACCAUAGAUUUGACUCAAUAUUAAAUCUUUAUUAUGA